AUGUCGCUCCGCACAUCGAUCAGACGGACAGCCACGUCGCUGAACUGGGCCUCACGGACGACGACCUGCACCAUGCCUUUGCGCGCAAAGAUCACAAACCCUGCUAUGCUGAGCGCAAGUCGACAGUACUCUUCUCCCUCAGAAGACGCCGCUCCAGCGGCGCAACCACACGACCUCCUAGCCCGGCAAAAAGGCGACGACCCGGACGAUGUCAUCUUCACAAACAACUACGGCGUCCGCUCCAUCGAGCUCAACCGGCCUAAGAAGCUCAACUCUCUCGAUGGGUCCAUGGCCCGCAAAAUCAUUCCGCGGCUGCAAGAGUGGGCAAAGUCUGAAUUGGCCGGUGUUGUCGUCAUCAAGGGUUCAGGCCGAGCCUUCUGUGCCGGCGGCGACGUCGCCUUGCUCGCCAAGUGGAACAAGACGGGCGAGGAAGGCCAGCAGCGAAGCGCCGACUACUUUGCCCUCGAGUACAAGCUCGACCAUAUGAUCGCAACCUACACGAAGCCUUACGUCGCCUUCAUGGACGGCAUCACCAUGGGCGGCGGCGUAGGCCUCUCGAUCCACGCGCCCUUCCGCAUCGCAACCGAGAACACCCUCUUCGCCAUGCCCGAAACCACCAUCGGCUUCUUCCCAGACGUUGGCGCGUCCUUCUUCCUCCCGCGCAUGGAGGGCGGUCUGGGCACCUACCUCGCGCUCACGAGCGAGCAGCUCAAGGGCGCUGACGCCUUCUACCACGGUGUCGCAACGCACUACGUGCACAGCUCCACUCUCCAGGCUCUCGAAGCGCGUCUCGCGGAGCUCCAGUUCCCAGACUAUAUGGACCUGCAGGCGCGCUUCAAGAUCAUCAAUGCGACCAUCGAGGAGUACGCUACUGGUCUCCCCUCGUCGCGCCCGCACAUAUCAGGCGCCCUCCGCCAGACAAUCGACAAGGUUUUCCACCGCGACCAGCCCAGCAUCGCAUCUAUUCUCGAGUCCCUCGCCGACGUUCGCGACAAUGGCGCAACCGAAGACCUCAAGACAUGGGCUAAGAAGACAAUCGAUACGCUGCACACGCGGUCCCCCAUCGCCGUUGCUGUCGCCCUCCAGCAGAUGCGCGUCGGCCGCCGCUGGUCCAUCGCCGAGACCUUCCAGCGCGAGCACGAUAUCGCGACGCACUUCAUGGCGCACCCGGACUUCGUCGAGGGCGUGACCGCGCGCCUGAUUGAGCGCAAGAAGGAGCGCCCGAACUGGGAACCGAACAAGCUUGAAGAUGUUUCCGAGGCGGAUGUGCAUAAGUUCUUUACGCGGCCUGAGGGCAAGCAGGGACUCACACUGCUGAGCAACGCGAACUACGACCAAUAUCCGCAUGCGUGGAUUGGCCUGCCCAAGGACGACGAGAUCUGGAGCGAGGCGAGCGGCAAGUCGCACGAGGAUGUGGUGGCAACGCUGCUGGAGAAGUACGAAGGGAAGCAGGGUGUACGAGAGAAGGUGGCCGAGGCGCUGGAGCGGUUAAGGUAG